GCACUGUCCGACAGGACUCGGCGCCUCCCACCGUGCCUAACGGAAGCCGCCAUGUGGGGCUCGAUUACUCCUGGCAGGGAGGAUAAGCCGAUGACGGUAAGCGGAAUCGGCUUGGCGUCGUGUUGGAGCAGACUGAUGGUGUGCGAGGAGUUUUUGACCGUGUGACAGCGCCCGGUGGUGAGGGUUGGGGGUGCAGUGAGUGUUGCUUGUUGCCAGGUAACGGAGCGAUGGCACAUUGCGUUUACCCGAAGCCGGGCCUGGCCUGUGAAGCGGCACAGUCAGCCUGUGAUAAACACGCCCGGCUCCUGCUGGCUCAGAUAAACCGCAUGAGGGGCCGGGCUGAAUUCUGUGAUGUUCAGCUGCAGGUGGAAGAGCAGCUUUUCAGCGUCCACAAGCUGAUAUUGGCCGCCAGCAGCCCGUACUUCGCAGUGCUGUUCGCAGGAGGGAUGCAGGAAGCCAGCAAAAGUCUCAUCCAGAUCCAUGGUAUUGAGGCUGAAACUUUCCGCUUACUCCUGGAGUUUAUUUACACAGGUAUCAUUGAUGUCAGCAUAAAAAAUGUACAAGAGGUGAUCCUUGCAGCGGAUAUGUUGCAGUUAACUGAGAUUGUGAACAUGUGCAGUAAUUUUUUAAAAGGGCAAGUUGAUCCCUCAAACUGUGUUGGAAUUUAUCAAUUUGCUGAGCAAAUCGCAUGUCAUGAUCUCAUGGAAUUCAGUGAAAGCUACAUUUAUGUGCACUUCCUGGAGGUAUGUAAAAAUGAGGAAUUUAUUGGAUUAGAAAAAGAUCAACUUGUAAAGAUAUUAAAAAGUGAAGAACUCCACAUUGAAGAUGAAUAUCAAGUUUUCACAGCUGCUAUGGAAUGGGUGCUCAAAGACAUGGGCAAAAGGAAAAAAUAUGUGAUUGAAAUUCUGGAUCCUGUUCGAUUUCCUCUGCUGUCUUCACGAAGAUUAUUCAAAUACAUUGAAGGUAUUCCUGACUUUAGUCUACGUGUGGCCCUGCAGAAGUUGCUGGAGGAAUAUAGGGAGGUCAGUAAACCUCAGAAAGAGAGCAAGUUCUACAAAAUGUCACCUGCGUCAAAGAUUCGUCCCCGAAGGAAGGCCAGGAAGUACCUCUAUGCUAUAGGUGGGUACACUCGGCUUCAGGGAGGACGCUGGAGUGACAGCAGAACUCUCAGUUGUGUGGAACGGUUUGAUUCGUUCAGUCAGUACUGGACUACAGUGUCGUCCCUCCACCAGGCCCGAAGUGGGUUAGGUAUUGCAGUACUCGAAGGGAUGAUCUAUGUAAUAGGUGGUGAAAGUGAUUCCAUGAUUUUUGACUGUGCUGAACGAUAUGAUCCAGUAACUAAACAAUGGGCGGCGGUGGCCUCAAUGAAUUACCCACGAUGUGGACUUGCUGUGUGCGCCUGUCAUGCUGCUAUUUAUGCUCUCGGAGGAUGGGUAGGAGCAGACAUUGGAAAGACGAUAGAAAGAUUCGACCCCUCUGACAAUAAAUGGGAGAUUAUUGGUAACAUGGUUGUCCCUCGGUACUUCUUUGGGUGUUGUGAAAUGCAAGGUUUAAUUUAUGUUGUUGGAGGUUUGAGUGAUUCAGGGUCAGAACUCUGUUCAGCUGAAAUGUUCAAUCCUCUCACAAGGCGUUGGACACCACUAGAUGAUAUGAAGACAAAAAGAGCCUACAUUGGAGUAGCUGCCCUUAACGACUGCGUUUAUGCUGUUGGAGGGUGGAAUGAGACUCAGAAUGCUCUGCAGACAGUAGAGAAGUAUUCACUUCAGGAGGAGAAAUGGUUUGAGGUUUCACCAAUGAAAAUGGCAAGAGCAGGUGUUUCAGUCAUUGCUGUUAAUGGCCUUCUUUACGCGGUAGGAGGUCGGACAUCAGGUAGGGAUUCCUCAGCUCCUGUUACUCUGGACUCUGUCGAAGUGUAUGAUCCUCACACUGACACAUGGAUGGAAAUUGGGAACAUGAUAACUAGCAGAUGUGACGGUGGAGUAGCUGUGCUUUAAUGGUUGAUGAUUGCCUUCUGAUAUUUUAUCAAAAAGACUUUUAGAUGAAGAAAAUCUGUACAUCACAUUGAACUGUUAUCAUUUAUUUCAAUUGUGAUAAAUACAAAUUUUGUAAGUUUGGACAUCUACCAUUGGGUUUAAAACUAAUGACUCUGGCAACAUUAUGUCCAAACUACAAAAGAUGCUUGUGUUACUUGUCUCAAAUGUGUACAUGUUUCUAUAAUUUAGUUUGGAAUAAACUUGAUUUAACAAA